AUGGCUAAGUCAAAGAACCACACGGCUCACAACCAAACCAAGAAGGCUCACCGUAACGGUAUCAAGAAGCCAAGAACUCACAGAUACCCAUCUUUGAAGGGUGUUGACUCCAAGUUCCGUCGUAACCACAGAUACGCUUUGCACGGUACCGCUAAGACCCUUGCUGCUGCCAAGAAGGAGACUUAG